AUGAACUUUCUAAGAACACAGUUAUUCGGAAUUAACUCCCGUCUACUCAGACCACAAGCCAGAGCCAUGCAUAUCCAAUCAAUUCCUAUGUGGACGGGGAAGGGCAACAACUAUGCCUACCUCGUGACGGAUGAACCGACCAAGAAGUCGGUUAUUAUUGAUCCUGCCAAUCCUCCGGAAGUUGCGCCAGAACUUGAGUCUCAGAUUGCCUCUGGCAAGAUUGACCUGACGGCCAUUGUUAACACUCACCACCACUGGGAUCAUGCGGGCGGUAAUGAUGACAUUUUGAAACAAUUCAAGGGCCUUCAGGUCAUUGGUGGCAAGGACUGCGCGUCUGUCACCAAGACUCCCGCGCAUGGCGAAGAAUUCAAGAUCGGAGAUCGUAUCUCAGUGAAGGCAUUGCAUACUCCUUGUCAUACACAAGACAGCGUUUGCUACUAUAUGCAAGAUGGAGACCAGCGUGUUGUUUUCACAGGCGAUACUCUCUUCAUUGGUGGAUGUGGCCGGUUCUUCGAAGGAAAUGCGAAGGAGAUGCACAAGGCUUUGAACGAGACCCUCGCGGCUCUGCCUGAUGACACCAAGGUUUAUCCCGGUCAUGAGUAUACCAAGGCCAAUGUCAAGUUCUGCAUUGCAGUGUCGCAGACAGAGCCCAUCAAGAAGCUCCAGGCAUUUGCGGAAAAGAACCAGCAGACACAGGGAAAGUUCACCAUCGGUGAUGAGAAGCUCCACAAUGUGUUCAUGCGCGUCAAUGACCCCGAGAUCCAAAAGGUAACUGGCAAGACCGAUCCUGUGGAUAACAAUGGAGCGGCGAGGGAUGCAGAUGCUCAGAAUCACCUAGAGGUCGUGUUUUAUCCCGACUCCAACCACCGUCGCAAGUCCUCCCUUGUUACGAUGGACAAGCCAAGAGUCCAACCACACUCAGCCCAUGAUGACCAGAUGACCGCCUGCUAUGUCCAUUCCCUCAUAGCGAGCGAGUGGACCGCACCCCAACACCACAUCAAGCCUAAAGCAGAUACAGAAGAUGUGAUACAGACACUGGAUGAGGAUGAGACGAAACCCGUGGCAAAUACCAAAGGCAUCCAACCAGAGGAAUUCGUCACAGUGGUCGACGACAGCAACAAACCGCUACCUACAGUCAUCGAGUCUCGGCAUCUUACAAAGAGACAGCUCUCAGAUAUGGCUUGGAAUGUGCGAAAACUAUCCAAAAAGCUGGGCAGCAUCAAGCUCAAGCUCACUGUGAAGAAUAUCUUCAUUGUAAGCAAGGCGCAGGACCAGUCGCUAGUAAGCCUGACUAGAAAGGUUACAAGGUGGCUACUCUCCAAGGACCGGGACUAUAUGUACGUGGUCUACGUCGAAAGACGGCUCGAGACGCAUGCGGACUUCGGUGCAUUGCAACUGGUAAAAGACGAACCCUCCGCCGAGGGCCGGCUCAAAUACUGGGAUACCAGGCUUGCACAAGAACAACCGCAUUUAUUCGAUUUUGUGAUCACGCUUGGCGGAGACGGAACCGUUCUCUACACGAGCUGGUUGUUCCAGCGCAUAGUGCCGCCCGUACUCUCGUUUGCGUUGGGCUCCCUUGGCUUCUUGACCAAUUUCGACUUUGCAGAUUAUCAGAAAAGCCUUGAUAAUGCUUUCCGGGAGGGUGUUUUCGUCAGCCUACGACUUCGAUUUGAAUGCACCAUCAUGCGCAGCAAAGCGCGGCUAAGAGACCCGCACUCGCGCUCCCUACCGGAGCGUGACCUGGUGGAGGAAUUGAUCGGAGAGGAAGGGGAGGACACUUUAACGCAUACACCAAAUCAAGUGUUUGAGAUUCUCAACGAUGUAGUCCUCGACCGGGGACCAAACCCAACCAUGUCUCAAAUCGAACUCUUUGGAGAUGACGAGCAUUUCACUACUCUGCUUGCCGACGGAAUCUGCAUUGCUACCCCAACCGGGUCGACUGCUUACAAUCUCGCCGCAGGCGGCUCUCUUUCGCACCCUGAGAACCCUGUCAUCCUUGUCACCGCCAUCUGCGCCCACACGCUGUCCUUCCGACCGAUUAUUCUACCAGACACCAUUGUCCUGCGAAUGGGUGUGCCGUACGAUGCGCGCACCAGCUCAUGGGCUAGCUUUGAUGGACGAGAGAGAGUCGAGCUACAUCCUGGUGACUAUGUUACCGUGUCAGCCUCGAGAUAUCCUUUUGCCAACGUCCUGCCUCCUGGCGGGCAGGGUGAAGGCUGGGUGCAUAGCAUCUCCAAGACUUUGAAUUGGAAUUCGCGACAAAAGCAGAAGAGCUUCAAGUAA